AUGCAUUUACGACCAAUCCUCACACAAUUAUCAGAAAAAGUUACAAAAAUCUUCACGGAGAGCGCAACGUUGACAUGUUACACAGAAUAUACCGAAAAGGAGCCAGAAGAAAAUCUCCUUUUAGCCCAAAAUACUGCAUCUAAACUUCGAGAAGCGAUUGAGACCGGAGAAAGCCUUCGGGCAUCACUCGACAAAUACUACAAUCAGUACGUCGAGCUCAUGAACUCUUUGGGUCCAGAAGAAUAUGGACAAGAAGAAGUCCACUACCAAAGUUUACUCAACACACAUUACAUCCCUACUACCCUCGUCAACACACAAGAAGAGUUAAGCCGUCUAAAGAGCGAAUACGACCUCAACAUAGGCCUAAUUGAGAUGCUAAAGAGAAAAAUGAGUGUAAACGUCGCGAUAGAGUCAUCGAACGUCUCAAGAUCACACAGCCCAGCGUCAUUUACAAACCAGACGAGACGGCCGCAACCUCUUAAAUUAGGACCCGUCGAAAAGAUCACCUUUUCCGGCAACGUUCUCGACUAUCCCGCCUUCCGAGAAGCAAUGAAAGUCAUCGAUGCGUCGGAUAACAGUACAUAUGCCAAGUUCCUCUACUUAAAACAGAGUACCAAAGGCAUAGCCUUCGAUGCCAUCAAAUCACUUACUCUCACAGAAUCAAACUACCAACUAGCCAAGGAUCUACUGGAGAAGCACUUCGGUUCAGACGACCUGCUAGUUGAUAGCCUUUUGAAAUCACUUCAAAAUUUACCAGCACCGACCAGAACAGCAGGGAGUUUGCAGAGAUACUACUUUGAGUUAGAAAGCAUACUGCAACAACUUCAAAACCAAGAAGUUCAUACAGACGAUGGCAUCCUGCGCAACAUGAUCACCCAAAAACUUCCUGAUCAAAUUUUAGAACGAAUAAUCCGCCGAAGACACAAAAUCAAAGAGGAGAACAAAGUCUGGAACACAGACGCCUUAAUGAAAGAAUUCUACAAGGCAAAAGCAAACAAGUACCAUCGAAGGUUAUGGUGGCGAUAA